AGGGCGCCAUCUCGUGGUGGUUACCCGUCUUAUGAUUAGUCAUGUGAUCAAAACAUGUCCGCUCUCAGGAAGAAUGGAGUUGGAGUUUUCUUUAUAUAUGAUCAUACAAUGCUUCAGAAGGAGGAGGAUGACCUCAAAGAUGCAAUUCUGUACUUCUAUCCCCCAUUUGUUGAGGAGAAUGACCAAUGUGCCAUGUGUGGUCAGUUGAUGGGAAUGUCCGAGUUCCUCUCCACCACCCUCAGUAAAUCACCACCAUGUAUCUUUGCCCUAAAGCAUGGAAAGUACUGCCUGAAGAGAAUUGGAGAUUAUAGUUUAGGACUAGAAGGAAAUCAGGUGGAUUCCAAUGACCAAUUAAAACAACAGCUAGACUUCUUGUAUGAUGCAUUUGUCCUGUAUUGUGGCAGUAUAGUAAAUAUCAGAAAUCAGUAUCCAGGUAACCAUCAGGGAUUUUUACGAGAGCUGCGGGGUAUCUGGGACAUACUCUACCCAUGUGGCUCAUGGCAUGACAGUUUUCUUACACAAGCAUUCCAGAUCCAACCGUCCUUAAACAUUCCUAAGGGUAGAGGGGAACUCUUCCUUCAAGCUUCACACAUUUUACAAUCUAGUCAGAGGAGACCAGGGGUUCUGGUGGGACUUAUCAUGUACAAAAAUAGGGUUUUGUGUACUCAAGCUUCACCUGAGCUGAGUAGGAAACUAAUACUUGUAACACCACAGCUUCCCUGUUUAUCUGUCAAUACAGGAGAAGACCUUCCUGUAGGAAUUCGACUUGUCACCAUAUUUUUGACAAAUGAGGAGUAUUCUACAGUUGGACUCAAGAGACAUGCUGGUAACAGGCACUGCAAAAAUUCCAAAUUUGUAUGGACUACGUAUAGUUCUGAAAGUCACCAAUCAACAAGAACUCAGAGCAGAGGAGAGAACUCAAAACGAAAAGAAAUGGAAAUGAUUCCUGAAAAAUUGGAAUCUAUUUCAGUGAGUGAAAAAGACAAAGGUUACCUCUCUGAUACUUCUGUGGAAUCAAAGAAAAGUAGAAAUAAUUCUAGAAAGAAUAGCAAUUUAUGGACACCAGCUGACCACCCUACACAAAUUACCCAGGGUUUUGAAUCUCCGUCAGAUCCAGCAACUAAUGUGGACAAUACGUCAGAACAAGAUGUCUCCAUUAGUGACUUAGAGAAUGAAAGUCCAAAGAAUAAAAGUAAAAAGGCAUUUAAAGAAGUGGAAUUUACCAAUGAUGAAGACUGUACUCAAAAUAAUGUUAUAAAUAACAUUUUAUCCAGUUCUAAUGAAGAUGUCAAGCAUAUUAAUAGAAAAAAUAUGAGUUCUGAGGUGACAAUAUUGGCUGAAGUCCAUUCCACUGUUGAGACUAGUAUAGAAGAAAGUGAUGCAAAUAAUUCUGAUAUUGGAAUAAUUAUAAAUGAUUUUGAUGUGGAACAGAUGAAGGAGAUAACUGAGAAAGUUCCUCAAGAUGUGACAUUGUUGCAUUCCGGUGAUGAGCUUCCCCAGUGCAGAACUCCAGAACAACUGUCUGAUAUUGACACAAUCGACAGCAGACUUUCUGGAACCGAAUCUGAAAUUCAAACAACUGCUGACUCUCAUUCCUCUUCUGAACAGCUGAAAGAGAGGCUAGAAUUUCCUGGGGGAGUGUCGUCAGGGGUGGGGGUGUCAUGUGAUGAGAUGAGUGAUGUAGUGUUAGAUGGAAGAAUUCCUCCAAGCUCUGUUGACAGCAGUAUACAAAGCUCUAAAUACUCAUCAUUUAAGUCCAGUCAGUUUGAUUCUCUGACCAGUGAAAGUACAGUUCAGGAAGAAGCCACGUGGUACCCUGAACUGGAUGACCUUGAGGAUGCCAUUUUGUAUGUUCAAGGUCACUCUGAUAUCUCACUUCUUCUUCUGUUGGAGAGUUGCAGUGUUCCUGACUAUAAGAUAAUUCAGAGUUUGUGGAAGAAUGCCCUCCCACAGUUAGCUGAUCUGGACAGCUCUUUGAAAGACGUCUUGAGUGAGGAGUUAGAUGAGAGUACAUUGGAUGGUUCAUCUUAUCUGAAGUAUGAUUCUUUCUUCAGAAGCCUUUCAGGGAAUGUUUUACAACCAGUAGCAAGUCAGGAGGAAGAAUUUCAGAGACUGGCAGCAUCCAUCCAUUUAGCAUUCAAAGAGAAUCAGGAUGUAUCAGAUAUUCUGUUUCAGUCCCAGUCUGCCAGCUGCCUGGGUCAUAAGAAUGAAAGUGAGGAAAUUUAUCUGACUUCUCUGGAAACCGACACCAGGGGGUUAAAAACACCAAGUUCUCAUUCAUCUAUUGACUCAAGUCUACAAUUAAGUCUGUCAAACAGCAAAGUAACAUUUAUAUAGUAUCGUAGGAUAACUCCUGUUUGUUUGAAUUCUUGACUUCCUCCAUUUUAAUGUAUUUAAUUUAGGGAUGUCAAAUCGGUCAAUUUUUGAAAACCGAUUACUCGGACGUUUUUCCGAUCGAGUACCCGGGUACUCGGUAAAAAUGAAAAUACAAGUGUGUUAAUCUUAUUGAGCCCCGUUAAGCUCUGUUAAACCCUGAGGCUGUUUUUAUCAUGUUUAUGAUAGUGUAUAAACAAUCGAGUCCAAGGGAAAUGAUUUUUUGGUAGUAAAUUUAUUAAUCAAAUAAACACAAAAGACACAAUACGUCAGAUGGUUUACAAUUCUUGUUUAGAAUCUAUUCCAUCAACGCAAAAGAAGGACAAUCUGAUACGCAGGUUUGUGAUGAUUGGACUAGUGAAAGGGAAGGAACGUACGUUGUUGGGAUCGCUAGUCUUAUUAUUAUUUCAUAUGUUGGUUGUUUCCCCCCGUAUACACUAAACUUACUAUGCAAACUGACUUUCAACAUUUUUUUAAUCUUCAGUUAUUUCUAAAUACUUCUUCACUUUUGAAGGGGCAGCGGCAUUUCUAUGCAUGCCCGAUUUCGCUGCCGUAUAUUAACUAAAUAAUUUAAAAAUUGUUUGAAGAUAAUAGACCAUACUUAAAUGAUGUUCAUUGAAAACAAUCAUUGAAGCCAUCCAAAAAUUAAGGACCAUAAUAGGUGAGAACAGCCGUGCACCAGAUUAUUGGUCACUAAUUACUGUAUAUACACAGCCAAAGGCGAUAACGGGUGUUUUAAAGGUGUAGAUGACGACACACUAAUUACCGUAUGCAUUUUUAUGUUGUUUUUUUUUUUUAAAGUUUUUGAUAAAAGUAGGUACUUUGAAAUAAGAAAAAAUACACUUCCGAGUAACCGAAUACCAUUUUUAGUAUUCGAUACUCGGACGUUCAAUCGAGUACCCGGUUAACCGGGUACUCGUUGACAUCCCUAAUUUAAUUGUUUGCCUAUUGAUAUGCAUAGUAUUUAUCAGGAAAUCACUUGUAAAUUAUAAUAUUGCAAAUCAUUAAAAUAUACUGGUAUUCAGUAGUUUAUAAUACUGCAAAUUGUUGAAAUGUACUGGUAUUCAUUUCAUAAACAUUAAAACGUGAUAAUGAACCCAUGGGACAUCAAAAGUGUUGGAUUAACACUCUAAUUCAUGUAAACAAUUGAUAAAAUUUUAUUUUAUUUUCUUGCUCUCUCUAUGGUAUAAAUUUCACUGUACCUUAAACAUUUGAUAUAUAAGUAGGUUUGGUAUCAAAUGUUUUUACUAUAUGUGUUCUUGAAUCCAAGGAUUUUUAAGCCAAAUAUUUAGGUGUCAAAAUUAAAUACUCUUGUUUUGAUAACAUAUCAAGUUAUUUUUAUAUGAUAUGCAAAUGUCAAUAUAUUUAUUUCUUGUCUUAUCUUUGAUCAGUUAUGCAUAUUGCUGAAUGUUUUACAUUUUCUUUUAAAUAUUUAUGAUCAAUUAAUGCCCCAGUGUAUUAUGUGCCAAAUGUUUUGCAGCUUUUGCAGAUAUUUUGAUCAGAAGUGAGUUAAAUAAGAUAGAAAAAAAAAUAAUCCGCUCCAUUCAUUGUUUGGUAGAAAUGAAAGAUUUCUCACUUUAAAUUUUGUAUAUGUACUUUGAUCCCUCAGAAAGGAAAAGUUAAUAAUUAUCAACACAACCCAUGGUGCUAAUUCUCCAGUAUUGUUAUUGGAGAAUUGUAAAGGAUGCAGUAUCUACAACAGUAUAUGUAGCAGUAUGUGGAAACAUAAGCCAUCAAAGAAUUAUAUAUUGGUGUAGUGUUAAAAAUAUUAUUUUAGUACAAGUAGUCUCCCCUUACUCUCUCAUACAGUUCAAACCUUGGAAUACAAUUAUUGUGAACGGCAUACACAGUUACAUGUAUUCACUUAUGAAAAAAAAAAUUACUGAACUGAUACGUGUUAGGGAUCAGAGGUAGAAUAAAUUUUACAGUGGGUUACAUACAUAUAUAUAGGAGAUAAAGACCUUCUGUUUGAUCAAGGUCAUGGCAACAGUUCAGAUAAGGGCCAUUCACAGAUGUACAAAUUAACAAGUGAUUCACCAGGGCAUUGUAUUUCUUAUUUGUAUAUCAUGUAUAACUGUCUUGUUAAUUUGCAAUUUACAUACUGUACAUGAACAUAUGAAGAAAUUGUAUUGAAUAAAUGAAUUAAUCAGA